AUUCUUCUCAUCACAGGAUAGCUAGCUCGAUUACUGGAUCAUCAGGAAUGGCUCUCAAGAAUCUCCUUCUGCUUGGUGUCUUCCUGACUGCUAUACUCUUCUUCUUCCUGGAUGUAGCUCACGCAAGAGAGCUUGCUGAAGCCAAUGAAUCUGAAGGGAAGAACGUGAAGCCUACAGGAGGGCCAGGAGUCGACGAUCAGAAGUGGGGAGGUGGGUACCAUCAUGGUGGAGGAUAUGGGUAUGGUGGUGGGUAUGGUGGAGGAUAUGGCCAUCCAGGGUAUGGUGGAGGUUACGGUCGUCCUGGGUAUGGUGGUGGCUAUGGCGGUGGAUAUGGUGGCGGGUAUGGUCGUCCUGGCUAUGGUGGAGGAUAUGGUGGUGGAUAUGGCGGUGCCUAUGGCGGUGGUUACGGAGGAGGAUACGGCGGUGGCGGUGGCUAUGGCGGUGGUGGAGGGUACGGAGGAGGACACGGUGGUGGUUGGCCCUGAUAAGUAGAUAAGUGGUAUAAGAUAUAAUAUGUAUGUUAAUUAAGUCAGAUAUGACAAACUGGAUUGAAUAUGUAUGUAGCUUGUAGGAACAAUGUCUAGUAGCAAGAUAUUAGAAGAGCUAGCUAUGUUUGGUCUCUUCUAUAUCUAUAUGUUCCUUCCAUUAUGUAUUUAAGCUUUGAGCAUAAUAAUAUGGUAUAUUGGAAAAGAUC